AUGGCAGACUCAAAUGACGGCUCAUUCACGUUCAUACCCGUGGACUGGCGCUGCAAGCCUGCGCAAGAGGCCAUUCGGGUGCACAUCAUGCGGCGACGCCAUCGUCAGGCGAGACGAGAUCAAAAGACUCCACAAGCGAGGAGAUACAAACGCCAGUCCGGCGAAGAAAUUCAUCUCUGGUCCCCCCUGGACGACCAUUCUGGUCGAUCAGAAGAUUGGCUCGGAUAUCGCUGCGAGAGUUUUUCCUCCAGCCGAACUUCUCCUGAGUCUCUGCCUUUGGACUUCGGUCAGGCUCCAGGUGAUGGACAUGGGGGCCUUCGAUUGUACUCUUCCCCAUUUUCCCCCGCCUCGUCGGGAAACUUGAAUUCCGUGAUCAGUCCGCCGGUGCCAAGCCCGUCGGAUGUGGAAGCGAUACUGUUACAGCAUUAUCUUCAAUAUGCCGGCGGGUCUCCGAUCACUCAUCAGCUUCUACGAGUUUACCGUGACACUGCGGGAACUUUCAACGCCUUCCUGGCGAUAGUAGCAAGAAAUUAUGCGGAUGAACACGGUCAAACUCCGCUUCUGAACAUAACUGAGCUGGAGAAUGAAGCUUUGAAAGAGGUUUCUGCGCAGCUCUCUCAGUCACCAACGGUACCAGCUUACAGCACCAUGAUGGCAGUUGCUAUGCUGGCCAGUCUGUGCGAAUGUCUUCAUCAAACUGAUAUGGUGGAUUCUCAUUGGAGUGCCCUCCAGCAGAUGGUUGACAUCAACGGGGGGAUUUGCCGUCUGAGAACGCACCGAGAUCUCUACUCGUUUCUUUUGUUGGUUGAGGCCGUCGUGUUGAGAACCAUAUCUGGCUCCAUCGCGCAGCCUCAAAGGGUCUCGUCACACGUUAGCGCGACGAAUCAGGAGCUACAAGACUUCCUGAGAAAGCUCCAUCAACAAUUUGGGGUCCGAGUGACGACAAGUGACAGCUUAGGUCCUGGAAUCUCAAGCCCCAUUCUGACAGUGCUUUGCCGGCCACCACACAAGAAAGAUCCAUACUCGCUUGGAAAAUGGCAUAGGGCAAGGCUUGCAUGCGUCUUAUUCUUUACCGUCCUCGACCUGGGAAGCGCAGGUCUGCUGAAAGAUGACCUCUGCUAUCGCGCAGUUGAAAUGGACAUCGUGGAUCGGGCACAAAAUCAUCUCGUCUACCCUGAAGAACUCUUUUUCGUCAUAAUACACAGAACCAAUCAGGAUAGGCAUUGUCAAUCGAUUUGGAAAACCCUGAGAUUGAUCUGCGCUGUGAAAAGACUUUGCCAGCGAGAUCUCAAUACUUGCUGUCGAUUGUUGACGGCUUGGCUUGGAAUUCCGGACCUUUUUAAUUUGACAAUGCUGUUGGAUGAGUGUAACGAACUUUCCGACCGUGUUGGUCCAUCUUCAUGA